GACAAUCGGUAUCGGGUGACGCAUACGAACAACAGCUCCCAGACAACCAAGAAACGCAAUUGCAGGAAAAAUCUACUUAUUCGCUAACUCCGGGUGAAAAAGCAGACCAGCUAGGAUGAGUUUCUUCGGGAAGAUGUUCGGUGGCAAGAAGGAGGUGGCCCCCACCACCGGCGAGGCGAUACAGAAGCUGCGCGAGACGGAGAACAUGCUCAUCAAGAAGCAGGAGUUCCUGGAGGCCAAGAUCGAGGACGAGCUGAAUAUAGCCCGCAAGAAUGCGUCCAAAAACAAAAGAGUGGCCCUGCAAGCCCUCAAAAAGAAGAAGCGGCUGGAGAAGCAGCUGCAGCAGAUCGAUGGCACACUGUCCACCAUCGAGAUGCAGCGGGAGGCCUUGGAGAGCGCCAACACGAACACUGCCGUCUUGACCACGAUGAAGAAUGCCGCGGAUGCCCUCAAGACAGCCCAUCAGAACAUGGAUGUGGACAAGGUGCACGACAUGAUGGACGACAUUGCCGAGCAGCAGGACGUGGCCCGGGAGAUCUCCGAUGCCAUUUCCAACCCAGUGGCCUUCGGGGCCGACCUCGACGACGAGGAUCUCGAGCGGGAACUCGAUGAGCUGGAACAGGAGAACUUUGAUAAGGAAAUCAUUGGUAUUCCCGAGCCGGCGCCCACAUUGCCCGAAGCGCCCACAGAAGACUUGCCCGAGAAGGCCAAGGAGAAGAAGAAGGCGGCUACCACGGCAGCUACAGCUGCUGAUGAUGACGAUCCAGACAUGAAGAUGCUGCUAUCCUGGUCCAACUAAAUCAAAAGCGCUAUCGAAAUCUCCUCACUGUUCCGCAGAUUCACCCCCGACCCAAACGUUUUUGUUUUAAUUAAUAAUCAUUACUAUUAAUUAAGCCAAAAUUUUAGUUCGAAGCGAAAGAGAGAAGGCGAGGCAUAAAUUCUAUCCAAUCUAUCAAAUGGUACAUCAAGUAGGAAUGUGAUUUAACAAAUAAACGAAAGAGCAUAGUCAGGCCAGGCGUCAACAACCGCAGAUAACCGCAUCGAAAACCAUUUAUGUUUAUAAUUUUUUGCAAAUGCACUUGUUUAUUUUGUCUCAAUAACGCUGAUUGGCCAUCAACUGAAAACAGAUCGUAUAUUCCAACCAGCAUAGUAGCUUUUUGAUAAAACAGCGAUAUGUUUUGUGGCACUCAAAUUUCCGCAGACUUAGCUUUGUAUUGAAAGAUUCACAUAAAUAAAAGUAAGAAGCCGCUCGACUGCAGAUAAUUCGGUAAAGGCGAGAGGUGCAAAGAAAUAAUAAACCAAAAUAUUUUAUUAAAAA